AUUACUUUAACUUGCUUUUUAGUUCAAGUAGCUACUGGUUUUGCUAUGACUUUUUAUUAUCGUCCUACUGUAACUGAAGCUUUUUCAUCUGUUCAAUACAUUAUGACUGAAGUUAAUUUUGGAUGGCUUAUUGGCUCAGUUCAUCGCUGGUCAGCAAGUAUGAUGGUUUUAAUGAUGAUUUUGCAUAUUUUUCGUGUUUAUUUGACAGGAGGUUUUAAAAAACCUCGGGAAUUAACUUGCGUUACUAGUGUUAUUUUAGCAGUUUUAACUGUAUCUUUUGGUGUUACAGGUUAUUCUUUACCGUGGGAUCAAAUUGGUUAUUGGGCAGUUAAAAUUGUAACCGGUGUACCAGAAGCAAUUCCAAUAAUUGGAUCUCCUUUAGUUGAGUUAUUACGCGGAAGUGUAAGUGUUGGUCAAUCAACGUUAACUCGAUUUUACAGUUUACAUACUUUUGUAUUGCCUCUUUUAACUGCAAUAUUUAUGUUAAUGCACUUUUUAAUGAUUCGUAAACAAGGUAUUUCAGGUCCGUUAUAAAUAACGUAAAUUUAUUACAAAAUAAAA